CAUCUAUACACCAAUAUUGUGAAAAUAGAAUUUAUGUUUUGGGAAUCAAAGGGAUUUCAUUAUGAUUGGGAAGAAAGCAGUAAUUUUGUUGUGGUCACUCAUAGGACUGCUUGGCACUCUUGGCACUCUGGAUUGCAAGCUGGAUGGUGAGAAGAACAGAAUAAGUAGACACGAUUUUCCUGCAGACUUUAUAUUUGGUGCAGGCACCUCUGCUUAUCAGGUUGAAGGUGCGGCAGCAUUUGAUGGCCGAAAACUCAGUAUCUGGGACGCCUAUGCACGUGCAGGGAAAAUGGAUGAUGGAAGCACAGGGGAUGUCGCUGCAGAUCAAUAUCAUCAUUAUAAAGAGGAUGUUCGCCUUAUGUAUGAGAUGGGGCUCGAUGCAUACAGAUUUUCAAUCUCGUGGUCUCGAUUAAUACCUGAUGGAAGAGGUGCCAUUAAUCCGAAGGGUUUGGAGUACUAUAAUUCUCUUAUCAACGAACUUCGUCAUUAUGGCAUUGAACCACACGUUACAUUAUAUCACUUCGAUUUGCCUCAGAGUUUGGAAGAUGCUUAUGGAGGAUGGCUCAGUUCCCAGAUAAUAGAAGAUUUUAAGGCCUACGCAGAAGUUUGCUUCAGAGAAUUCGGGGACAGAGUUAAGUACUGGACUACUUUCAACGAGCCUGCAUUUACAGUUUUUGGCUAUGACUGGGGAUCCUGGCCACCUCAACGCUGUUCUUUUCCAUUUGGAUGGGGUAAUUGUACCGCUGGAAAUUCUAAGGUGGAGCCAUACAUCGCCACCCAUCAUGUUUUGCUCUCACAUGCAGAAGCAGUCAGUGUUUACCGUGAGAAAUUUCAGGAGAAACAUAAGGGUCUAAUUGGUCUAGCUCUUUUCACAGCAUGGUUUGAACGAAUGACAAACACAACCAAAGACUUUGUUGCGACUCAAAGAACACUUAUUUUUCAAUUUGGUUGGUUCUUAGAUCCCAUUGUAUAUGGAGACUACCAUUCUCUAAUUAAGGAGAUGGUAGGUUCAAGAUUGCCUACUUUCAGCAAACAACAAUCUAAAAAGUUAAAGGCUUCUUUUGAUUUCAUUGGUGUGAUCCAUUACAAUACUUUCUAUGUUUCGGAUGCUUAUUGGCCUCCUGGAGAAAGAGAUUAUCCUAGAGAUAUGUUGUCCACAGUUUCAGAACUCCGAGAUGGUAUACCUAUAGCUAAGUUAGCACCUUCUGGACUUGCUAUUGUUCCUUGGGGAAUGCAAGCAAUACUGGAGUACUUCAAGCAACAGUAUGGAAAUCCUCCUGUAAUAGCAUAUGAAAAUGGAUAUGCUACUGCCAACAAUGAAUCUCUUUCACUUUUAGAUGCAUUGAAUGAUCAACCAAGGGUGGACUAUCUCCAUGAUUAUCUUGGAAGUUUGCUUUCAGCUAUCAGGAAUGGAUCCAAUGCUCAGGGAUAUUUUGUAUGGAGUUUUGUUGAUCUCUUUGAGUUUUUAUAUGGCUACGAAUUUCGUUAUGGCUUGUUUUUUGUGGAUUUUAAAGAUGAAAAAUUGAAGAGAUACCCAACUCUUUCUGCUCGUUGGUACACGGAAUUCUUGAAAGGGAGCAAACACAUUGAUUUUGUGGAAGAGAAGGCAUGUUCCCAUACACAAUAAACUAGCUAUCUCCUCACAAUCAGUUUGAACGUAAGAAUAAUAAUACAAGCUGCUGUAAUCUAAUUUGAAACCAGAAAAUCUUUAGAGAUCAACAGAUUAGGAUUUCAUUUCCAGCCAGCAUAUAUUCAUAAUGGGUGAUUAUAUUCCUAAGGCCAUCGAUAUAUGAUGCAUGAACUUGGUCAAUGGCAUAUCUCAUGGUUAUCUUAUUAUGAGAAGGAUAUCCAUUACAUUA